AUGCACUCCAAGAAGCUGGCUUUUAUGGAAGUGUGGCAAGAAGAUUAUCUAUUGUUGAAAGAAAGCCAUAGGAAGACUUAUUUGCAGUUUGACACAUCCCAUGAGGAAGACACAGCAAACAUAUGGGGGAGUGUGGCCAUAAUACAAAACAAAAUCUAUCUAUCUAUCUAUCUAUCUAUCUAUCUAUCUAUCUAUCUAUCUAUCUAUCUAUCUAUCACAGUCUACCUAUCUAACUAUCUAUCUAUCUAUCUAUCUAUAUAUCUAUCUAUCUAUCUAUCUAUCACAGUCUAUUCAUCUAUCUAUUUGUCUGUCUGUCUGUCUGUCUAUCUAUCUAUCUAUCUAUCUAUCUAUCUAUCUAUCUAUCUAUCUAUCUAUCUAUCACAGUCUAUUCAUCUAUCUAUUUGUCUGUCUGUCUGUCUGUCUAUCUAUCUAUCACAGUCUAUUCAUCUAUCUAUUUGUUUGUCUAUCUAUCUAUCUAUCUAUCACAGUCUAUUCAUCUAUCUAUUUGUCUGUCUGUCUGUCUGUCUAUCUAUCUAUCUAUCUAUCUAUCACAGUCUAUUCAUCUAUCUAUCUAUCUACCUAUCUAUAAUCCUCUUUUUUAUUAAUGAAAAUGUUAUUAUAAAAAGUAUAAUAUGCAGUGUAUAUCUAUUCACACCUGCCUUACUAUGA